UCCAGCUGCAAAGCCGACGGCGGCCAUCCAUGAGCAAGCUCAAUUUACACCCCCGUUCCUGGAUUCGGUACCAUCAAUUUCAUCGACUGUACUCAUUCCAUCUUCUUGGUCGGCUCGGGUAGCACCUUAAAACGCAACAGAUUUGCGAUGGAAGUGGGGACCAUGAUGCUCGAGUCGGGCAGUGACGAGGCCACAGCUGUCGAUUUCAACCACCCCUUCACCCCAUACGACGUACAGUUGGAAUUCAUGAGCACUGUAUACAGUGUCUUGCAGCAAGGCGACGGCCAGGUCGCCGUCCUGGAGAGUCCAACGGGGACGGGUAAGUCUCUCUCGCUCAUCUGCGCGUGCAUGACAUGGCUACGCCGGCAUAAGAGAGCUCGCUUCGACCUGUCGCUGGGCGAUGCCGCCACUCAGCUCAAGGACGAGCCCGACUGGGUCGUCGAGCAGGUCCUUCGCCGCAAAAGAGACGAGCUGGCUCAGCGAUGGCAAGAGAGAGAAAGGCGGCUGCAGCAGAUCCGCGAGAAGGAGAAGCUUGAUGAGCAGCGUGCUGCCAAGAGACGCCGAAUGCUCGAUGACGACAGGCCCCUGCCUCGGCAUAAGGGCCGCGCUGGUGACGAAGAUGAUGAAGAAGACGACGAGUUCCUGCUCGACUGGGAUCGUGGCCAGGAUUCAGCAGACCCCGAAGCUGCCAAAUCUUGGCUGAGCAAGGAGACGAGGGAUCUCUUGGAGAAAGCUGGAAUGGGUCCGUCGAGAACGGGAAUCGAGGAAGAUGAGCUUGCCGAGGAGGAAGUCAAGAUAUUUUACACCUCCAGGACACAUUCGCAGCUUUCACAAUUCAUAUCAGAACUUCGCCGGCCGAAUUUCCCACCAUCCUUCCCCAACCCUUCGGCAGGGGCAGACCAAGGUCAGGCGGACGGUAGCCAGGCCGAGUGUGUCAAGCAUAUCCCUCUCUCGUCGCGGCAGCGGCUCUGUAUCAAUCCUGCCGUGGCUCGGCUUGGGAGCGUGUCCGCCAUCAACGACCGCUGCGCCGAGCUGCAGACGCCCAAGUCUGGCUCCAAAGGAAACAAGUGUCCCUUUGUGCCCAACCAAGAGAACCUGGGCGAGACGCACGAGUUCCGCGACACGGCCCUGGCUACACUGCCCGAUAUCGAGGACGCGCACCGGCUCGGCAAGUCCCUGCGCGUCUGCCCGUACUACGCCACCCGCACCGCCAUCCCCGGCGCCGAGAUCAUCACGUUGCCCUACCCGCUGCUUCUGCAGAGGAGCGCAAGAGAGGCGUUCGGUAUCGACCUCAAGGGCAGCGUUGUCGUCAUCGACGAGGCCCACAACAUCAUGGAUGCCGUCGCUGGCGUCCACGCCGCCGAGGUUCGCCUGGGGGACCUGCGCAGGGCCCGGGAAAUGCUGUCGGUAUACGCCAAGCGCUUUGGCAAGAAGCUCAAGGGUGAGAAUCGGAUCAUGGUCGGCCAGGUCGCGCGCGCGGUGCAGGGCCUGUCCGAGUGGCUGGAGCGGACUUUGGAGGCCAGGACAGAGCAGGGGAUCGUUGACCCGCGCGUCCUACUCAAGACAAAAGGGAUGGAUCAGAUGGACAUGUUUGCGCUUGUUGGUUACAUCCAAGAGUCCAAGCUUGCCUUUAAAAUUGAGAGCUAUGCCACGCGCCUUGACGAGAAAAAGGCAGAGGCUGCCGGAAAGCAGGCGACCACGCGCUCCUCGCCGGUUCUCCACAGCUUAUCGGGGUUUCUCCUAGCCUUGACUAACCUCAGCUCCGAGGGGCGCAUUUUCUUCGAGAGGCUACCUCCUGCGUCCCCUGCAGACAAGGCGGACAUCAAGCUCUCGUAUCUCCUCCUGUCCCCUACCCACGCAUUCUCGUCCAUCGCCUCCAGCGCGCGAGCCAUUGUCCUGGCGGGCGGCACCAUGUCCCCUUUCCAAGAUUACGAGACGCACCUAUUUCCCAUGCACCCACCUGCCAAGAUCACUACCCUCAGCUGCGGGCACGUUAUACCGCCGUCUAACCUGUGCGUCUGGACCCUUUCCAGCAUGCGGCCAGGUCCCGCCGCCGCCAAAGGCACGGGCAACGACGUAUUUGACUUUAGCUUUCAGAAGCGCCGAGAUAAGAACAUGAUCCAGCAGCUGGGUACCGCUAUCCUGAACACAUGCUCCGUGGUCCCAGACGGCGUGGUCGUCUUCUUUCCUAGCUACGGCUACCUCGAUGAGGUCAUUGCCUCCUGGAAGGAGAGGCCGAGCGGCCCGACCGGGCCGCCUCCGAUCUGGGAUCGGCUUCAGGCAAAGAAGGCCGUCUUCCGAGAAUCCAAGGGCGGCUCGAGCGAGGAGGUGCUGCAGAACUACACCAGCGCCAUUCUGGGGGGCGCCGAGGACGCCAAGGCGAGCGCAAAAAAGACUGAGCCGAACAACACCGCACAGAGCGGCGCGCUGCUCCUCAGCGUCGUCGGCGGCAAGAUGUCGGAGGGCAUCAACUUUUCGGACCGCCUUGGCCGCUGCGUCGUCAUCGUCGGCCUGCCGUACCCCAACAUCGCCUCGCCUGAGUGGAAGGCGCGCAUGGAGUACAUUGAGUCCUCCACGGUCGACAGGCUCCUCGGCAAGCAGCAGCAGCAGCAGCAGCAGCAGCAGAGCACUCAGGCCGCCGGCAUGACGCGUGAACAGGCCGCGGCGGCGGGCAAGCAGGCGGCGCGCGAGUUCUACGAGAACGCGUGCAUGCGCGCUGUCAACCAGAGCAUCGGGCGCGCGAUCCGGCACAGGGGCGACUACGCGGCUAUCGUGCUGCUCGACAGCCGCUUCGGGGCUGACAGGAUCCGGGGCAAGCUGCCGGGCUGGAUCCGCGGCGGCAUGCCGGCGCCGGGCGGGGCUGAGGAGAGGCGCGCGAGGGAGGGCGGGCUCCCUGGGCUCAUGGGCGCGCUCAGCAAGUUCUUUCGCGAGAAGAGGGUUACGGAGCCGCUCUCGUGACGUGGCGAGGUGAUCGUCUUGCUGAAAGAAUUUAUUGAUGACCUUGGUAGAGGUCAGAGCCGGCCGCUGAAAUGAUGGAGUGUCGGACUGGCUUGGCUUUUUGUCGCUAACUUGAUGGUAAGGCUGGCGAAACCCCACAAAUGGGUCCCCGGUUUUGGGUCCGGCUUGGACCCAAAAACCCAAAUGGGGACCCGUUUACGGAUCCUUAGCAUUUGGGGCUUGCCACAUGCAAGUUGAUCCACGGUCGUGUUGAAACGGGAAAGAAUAUCAAGGAGAAUAGACUGCACCGAGCAGAGUACAUGGUACAGAGGAAAGCAGUGUUGAGAUGACAAAUGUUACCUGCUUUUGGCUAGUGACUAAGGAGCACGAGCUAUACCAGGCUGCCCACUACGUAUAUAAGGCCAUGCCUUUCCCACCUCUCCCAUCUCACUCAGGACAGAAGAUAAGCAACGCAGGGAAUCUUGAAUCAUACCCAGAAUAUUUCAACAAACGCAAGCCGAAGUUAGCCCGUCGGGGGCUCAUGGAAAUGACAUCGAAC